UUGUCUCUACUUCCUGCUGCUUGCUGCAUGCUUCUCUAUCAGCUAUACAGCUGUUCCUCAAAAAAUAACAGUGCAGACGGGCAUGAAGGCAACACUGCCCUGUCCUCAUAAGAAAGGGGAUGUAACAUGGAGUUGGCAUAUGGAUGGUAAUGGUAAAACUCUGCCUCUUGUCACUAUAGAAAAUGGCAAAGUGAACAUCAUUGACAGGCGCUUUGGUUCCGGAUCAGAUAAUUCACUGGUGAUAGAAAAUGUUACACCUGAUCUUGAAAAAAUGUAUUUUUGUAAUAAAGUCCGGAUAUAUCUCGAAGUAAUGAAGGAUCCUAACAUGGUGGAUCCUGAAGCUGGAUAUAAAAUAGUCACUCAGAGAAACAAGGGACUGGGUGUUGACUCAGGACAGGAGGGAACCACUGCAGAACCAGAGAACCAACCACGAUCUGACUUUUGGAAAGUACCUGUUGGUGUAGUGGUUGGUGCUGCUUUGGUGCUUCUGGGGAUCAUAACCCUGAGACACUUCUCCAAAAACAGAGAAGAGAGAAAUCCCAACGAGGACGAAGCUGAACCUGAGAGGAUCUACGAGGAGAUUAAAGAUAGUGAGCAUCAGCCUGGGAGGGAGCCUUAUGGUGGAAGUCCUUAUUACUGGACAAGCAUUGAAACACCAACUACACAUUACAAUAAUAACAAGUACAACAGUGUGAACACACCAGCAGCUGAAGGAGGCAGCAGGGAGGAGUGUGUGUAUCACCUCGCCCAAUUUCCACUUCACACAGGAAAUCUCAGCGAAUAAACUUCUGGUAAAUUCAGCCUGUACAUGAAGCGGGUCACCACACCUCUCCAGCCGUGUGAAAAACACCCAAAUACCGCUGUGUUUUCUAAGAAGGGGACUUUUUACAGGAAUCUGUAGAGUGUCAAAAUGUUUUUUUGUUUGAUGCCUGAAUAUAAAAGAUGAGAAUCAACAAGCAACUGAUAUUUGGAAACCCCUUUAAAUGUCAUAUGCAGGCUCAUAAGCAAAGGAGUGCCACAUUUAUCCUUAAAACCCAUCACAGCUAUCAGUUGUUUUCAGGAAGGAAGUUUAAAGAGACAGGUCCUAUGUCUUUUCCUAACCACUUCCCUGAGUCUAGAUGAAAAACGUGAAGAGGUUAAGGAAAGAUGUAAAGGACAAUUCAUCAGGAAAGCUGUUUUGUGUUGUGGAAUCAAUGACAAUAAAUGAACCUUGUAAACA